ACAGAAGAUGUAAUCUGAUUAAAGAUGUUGCCGGUGGAUUCUUCAUCUGACUUGGACAUCCUAAACUAGAUUUUAGUGCCUUAUGGCCUGGCUCAACAGGUAAACCCAGUUGUAUCUUAAUUCUUCUAGAAAAAUGAAGGAAUCCACCAGCUGGUAACUCUGGUUAUUCAGCAAUGAACUGCUGUAUCUCAAAGCCUAUCUCGUGUAUGUGCCAUGCUUGUGUUGCCUAAACCAAGUUUUGGAUUUCUAAAUUGUUACAAUAAAAUCUAAUUCCUGUAUGCAAGAAGUGAACAUUCUGAUCCCAUUAAAUGGGGUGGAUCACAAGAAGGUUGUUGUUUUCAAAUUUGGUGCUUAGAUAAAGUGGAUAUGAGAACACCAUCACUCGUAUAUGCUUCUUUCACAGACUGUGUAAGGUUCAAGACCUGAAAAAAUGGCAUUGGCAGCAAUUGAUCCACAGCAGAAUAUUGUAUUGAGGGUUGUCAACCUUCCUUUGGUGAGCUCCACCUAUGAUAUGGUCUCUACAGCUUACAUCACCACUAAGGAUAACCAUCCUUAUUUGAAGUCAGUAUGUGAGGUAGCAGAGAAAGGAGUGAAGACAAUUACAUCGGUAGCUGUGACAAGUGCUAUGCCUAUCAUCCAGAAGCUGGAACCGCAAAUUGUAGUUGCCAACAACUAUGCAUGUAUAGGUCUAGACAAAAUUGAAGAGAGGCUGCCUAUACUGAAUCAACCCACUGAUAAGGUUGUUGCCAAUGCCAAGGAUGUAGUUGUUGGAGCCAGAGAAGCUGUAACAACCACUGUGACUGGUGCCAAGGAAUCUGUUGCUCACACAAUCACUGGAGUUGUGGGCAAGACUAAAGAAGCAAUGCAAGACAGCUUAGAAAUGACAAAGUCAGUUGUCAAUGGGAGCAUUAACACUGUCCUGAGAAGUCGUGUGGUGCAAAUGGUGAGCAGUGGAGUGGACAGUGCUCUCACUAAAUCAGAGACCCUUGUAGACCAGUAUUUCCCACUUACAGAAGCAGAACUAGAGAAAGAAGCUGCAAAUGUUGAAGGUUUUGAAGUUGGAGUUCAAAAGCCAAGCUACUAUGUUAGAUUAGGAUCUCUGUCUUCAAAACUCCGCACACGUGCCUACCAACAAGCCUUAAACAAAGUUAAAGAUGCUAAACAGAAAAGCCAGGAAACAAUCUCUCAGCUCCACCACACUGUUAGUCUGAUCGAGUAUGCCAGAAAGAAUGUGAAUAGUGCCAAUAAGAAACUUCUUGGUGCUCAGGAAAAGCUUUAUCAAUCCUGGGUAGAAUGGAAGAAAAAUACAGGCCAAAAUGACGGUGGUGAACUGCGUAGUGCUGAGUACAUUGAGUCAAGAACUCUAGCUAUUGCACAGAGCCUCACUCAGCAACUUCAGACCACUUGCCUCACACUGGUCUCAAGCCUACAGGGGCUGCCACAGAAUGUGCAGGAUCAGGUUUACAGUGUUGGGUCAAUGGCAGGUGAUGUCUACCAGAGCUUUCGGUCUGCAUCCUCCUUCCAAGAAUUAUCAGACAGCUUUCUUACAGCUAGUAAAGGACAGCUGAAGAAAAUGAAGGAGUCUCUGGAUGAUGUGAUGGAUUAUCUUGUUAACAACACGCCUCUCAACUGGCUGGUUCCAGAUUUCACUAUUACAGACCUGUCUUCAGAGUCAGAUGAUAUCCCAGACAUUUUGGAUUUGGAUGAAGAGGAUCAACAAGACUUUUCACGCACAAAUGGCCCUUACACUACAGGGCAAAGAGCUGAAUAGAGAAGGAUAAAAAUGUAUUUUGAUACAAUGUACCUUUGCCAUGUUUAAUUUAGAUUUCUCCUUUUUAAAGGUGAACCUGCCUAGUUUAGGGAUUAUGGGGAUAUUUUUUUAAAAAUCACUACCGUUUCAUUUAGCUGCAUCAAAAAUCUGGGUUUUUUUUCUACAUAAGGAAUGCACACUACAUUAAUUCAUUAGCAUGGGUGUCAAGCUCCCAUUCUAUAAGCCAGGUAUAGCCUAACCAGUGUAUCCAACUGAUCUGAUCUUUGUUAAUGAUUUGUUCUCCUGCUGGUAGCAGCCAUGAGAACACCCCAGUGCUUUGCAUAAAGGGCUGCCAACAAAAGGAGUUGAUGAGGAUUUGCCCACAAAAUUUCCCCUUUCAGUCUACGUGAAAAGCAGUUCUGCAUCUACCUCUUUGCUGCUGGAAGGGGUAAGAGACUUUGUCUAUCUCAGAUUUUCUCAAGUUCUUUUUGUUAGGCUCUGCACCUACAGAGCUUAGAAGCUUAGAGCUUUCCUUUGGCAAGAGUGCUUUAUGCACAGAAGGACUCCCUUUCUCUCCACAUACCUUCUGUGUGCAAAUAUUUUGGCCAUUGUGAUGCUAUCAGUUGUGGCUGAACCCUAAGACUAGAACAGGGUAAAUGCUUAAAAAUUAAAGUUUUCCAGGAAUAAGGGUAGCAGUUAGCAAAGGUAAGAGACUGUAAGAAGUGAGGGAAAAUGGAGGACAAAGAGACACAGAUGUGGGACAAAAGAAAAUGAAAAAAAAAAAAGAGGGAACUGAACGUGAGGAUACUUCUGGUAACAGUGUGGGGUUUUUUUUCUGUUUAAAUAAAAUGUCAGUUAUUUUUUGAGGUAUGUUGAGGCCGCGUUUGCUCGCACACAGUAAGUUCUGUAGGAGUUGGGGAGAGUGAGAACGGGGCUGAAGGCGGGCUUGUUAACAUUUGUUUUUAAGGACCAGAUCGAGCUGCUCCGCCAGGGCGAUGCAGCCCGUCGGGAGCCGUGUUACGGCGCUGAUCCGUCCAGCGCCGCUCGCACCGCAUCGCCCUACUGCGCGGCACCCUGGGAGACUCUGCUUGUGAGCACUUGCAAGUCUAGUCACUGAAAUGCCUUGGAAUAAAAGUUUGAACCGCA